GCUGAGUCAGAUGUACACUGUCGGUGGCAGUGCGCCCCCAGUGGUCGUGCAGCGGUGCUACCGCUCCUGCGCCGAGGUUAAAAAGCGGCGGGCGGCGCGCUGGGGCCACAGUGUGGGGCGUGUUUGAAGAAGACACAGAAAAGUUAGUAGCGGAUUUUUGUCGCGUCUGACUUGCAGCAGCAUCGGUCGAGAGCAUCAUGGCAAACAAAGCUCAGCAGCCUCCUCACCUGCACCUGGCCGAGGUCACCGCGUCCCAGUUCCUCGACAUUUGGAAACAUUUCGACAGUGAUGGUAAUGGAUACAUCGAGGGGAAGGAGCUGGAGAACUUCUUCAAAGAGUUGGAGAUGGCUCGGAGAGGAGCGGGGGUGGACCCUACAAAUCCUACAUUCAGAGAAAAGAUGAAGGAGUUCAUGCAGAAGUUCGACAAGAACAAAGAUGGACGAAUUGAGAUGUCAGAGCUGGCCCAGAUUCUUCCAACUGAAGAGAACUUCUUGCUCUGCUUCAGACAGUUUGUCAGCUCCAGCGCUGAGUUUAUGGCGGCAUGGAGGCGAUAUGAUACAGAUCGCAGUGGCUACAUUGAAGCAAAUGAACUGAAGGGCUUUCUGUCAGACCUGCUGGAGAAAGCUAACAGACACUACGAUGAGCAGAAGCUGCAGGAGUACACACAGACCAUACUCAAGAUGUUUGAUCUGAAUGGAGAUGGGAAGCUGGGCCUGUCAGAGAUGGCAAGGCUUCUUCCUGUACAGGAGAAUUUCCUGCUGAAAUUCCAGGGUGUCAAGCUGACUUCUGAGCAGUUCAAUGCCAUCUUCACAUACUAUGACAAGGAUGGAAAUGGCUACAUCGAUGAGCAGGAGCUGGACGCUUUGCUACGAGACCUUUACCAAACAAACAAGAAGGAGGUGGACCCCACAAAUCUGUCGGGCUACAAGCAGAGCAUCAUGAGCCUAUCUGACGGAGGGAAGCUCUACCGUGGCGAGUUGGAAAUUGUCCUCUGCAGGGAGCCAAUUGUGUGACUCUUCCUUCUUUCUGUUCGCAUAUCAUCAUUUGCUCUGCCUGCCCCACCCUCUUCCCCUAGACCACUUCCACUUCCAUCUGAGUGGCAACAUAUGUAUAUCAGGUGCAUGUGCCAGACACCUCCCGCCCCAAUCAUUACCUAAGCCCCUCCCCUCUCUCAAAGUAACAGGUUCAGAUUGAAUGAUAAGUGCACUGUUAGCACCAACAGCUCUUCUUCUCUAAACCUUGUUUUGUUUUGUUUUGUUUUUUGCUACCUUACCUCUAAUAAUCAUGACCCAUCUGAAUCCCUGUAGCUCUCUCUAGUAACCCUCCCACAUCUUCCAUUUCUGACCUCAUCCCUGCCCAUGCUGUGCGUGACUUGCAACUGACCAAAAGUCUCCCUAAUGCCACCAAAAUGCCCUGAUGAUAACUGCUAUACCUUAACCCCAGCUUUACUGACCCCUUCGUUCCCUUGCUUUUUCAACUUUGCAUUAGAUACAAUAUAGUCAAAGAAAACUGCAGACAGAUGUGUUUGAAUUGAUUGCAUUUAUAAUCUGUGAUGGAGCUGAUAUUAAUUUUCCAUCUCUGUUUUUCCUGAAACUAUCUUGUUCAAUUAAAACUCUUGUGUAUCAUUGCCAUGAAAGGAUUUUGGUUUUCAGUGUUUGUUUUUUGGCUGAUACUGUCAAUUGAAAAUAUUAAUAAAAUAUCUUAAGAUAAAA